CACACUCUUUUUUUCUUGGGGGGAGGGAAGGGGGUUUGUUUUUUAGGUGAAUUUGAAUGUCCGCUAUCCAAAAUUUGAAAAAAAAUCUAAAGUGAAAUAGCAAAGGAAUUUGUGAUCAAUCCUUAUUCCAUUCCCAGAAUAUCCAACCCCAAACGUACCCAUCUUCAAUUCCUUCUUCAAGGCUUCAUCCCUUCUGAUAAAUUUAAAAAAAAAAAAAAAAAAAAAAUCAGUACAAGGUUAGGGAACACAGGCAGAGAAAUGGCUUUGGAGACUUGUUUUCAAGUUAGCACCAUGGCUGCAAUUCCUAGAGCUUGUGUUCUGCAUGCUCACCACUCAUAUUCCUCCAAGGAAAAGUUCAAUUCGCCCACAUACAAGGGAUUAAUGAAGCUCUCUGCCCUCUCUGGUUUAUCAUCAUCGCCUCCUUCUUCUUCCUCUUUAUCUCGUUCUGUGGAUCACAGAUGCCUCAGAUCCCGCAUUGUCUGCAAAGCCCGAGAAGCGGUUGAUGAAGUUUUGGUGGUAACAGAAACAAGCUGGGAAAACGAAGUUAUUGCAAAUGAGAGGCCAGCACUGGUGGAGUUUUGGGCACCUUGGUGUGGACCUUGCCGGAUGAUUGCACCCGUGAUCGAGGAUUUGGCGAAGACUUAUGCCGGCAAGAUUGUUUGUUACAAGGUUAACACUGAUGAUUGCCCCAAUAUAGCAACAAAGUAUGGGAUUCGGAGCAUCCCAACUGUGUUAUUCUUCAAGAAUGGAGAGAAGAAAGAGAGUAUUAUUGGUGCAGUGCCACUCUCUACCUUAACUACUGCUAUAGAGAAAUAUUUGGAGUCAUGAAGAUGGAAAAAAACCUUUAGCAAAACCAUUAAUGCAUGCUUUAUAUAUUCCACCUUUCACAAUUAUCAAUUAAGUGUUUUCCAUCAGUGGGUUCCUGAAUUUCUUCUUGUACAUCAGUAAUUGCAGUUAGUACUUCAUUUUAUUAA